GUAGAUUUUGUUGAUUAGAUUAGUGCAACACGUGGUUGUGGGAUUUAAAUUUAAAAAUUGUUCAAAAUGGAAAUUGUGGAAUGGAAAGAUCGCCGUAAAAACAGGGGAAUAACUGACAGUGGUUUAACGCACGAAUGUGGAGUAUUUGGAGCUAUUGGCAAUAAACAUUGGCCUUGUAAUUCGGAAAUUGCACAGUUUAUAUGUAUAGGUUUGGAAGCACUUCAACACAGAGGACAAGAAUCCACUGGGAUUGUAGUUAGUGAGGGAACCAAUGAUUAUCACUAUCAUAAAGGAAUGGGACUGGUAAAACAUGUUUUUAGUAAUGAAAGCAUUUCUAAACUAACAGGUUCCCUUGGCAUAGGACAUACAAGAUAUUCCACAAGUGCUAAAUCAGAACAAGUGAACUGUCAACCAUUUGUGGUACAUUCCAUGCAUGGGGCUUUAGCUGUAGCUCAUAAUGGAGAGCUAGUCAAUGCUGCCAUAUUAAGGAAACAGGUAUUGGAUCGAGGUGUAGGCCUUUCAACUCAUUCAGAUAGUGAAUUGAUCACGCAAGCUUUAUGUCUUAAUCCUCCAGAUGGUGAAGUAAAUGGGCCGGAUUGGCCGGCACGUAUUAGACAUUUAAUGCAACUGGCGCCUUUGAGUUAUUCUUUGUGUUUGAUGUUAAAGGAUAAAAUUUAUGCUGUAAGGGACCCUUAUGGUAAUAGACCGUUAUGUUUGGGGGUUAUUUUGCCUCCUAAUCAGGAAUUAAUAAAUGGUGAAAUCGGUAAUAUUCAACCUGAGGGAUGGGUGGUGUCUUCAGAAUCAUGUGCCUUUUUGUCGGUGACUAGAUAUUUACGAGAAGUCCUACCCGGCGAAAUAGUUGAAAUGACGCACGCUGGUUUAAAAACAAUCGAUAUAGUACCCCCACCACUAGACAAAUCUCUAGCUUUUUGCAUAUUCGAAUACGUUUAUUUCGCUAGACCAAACAGUUUAUUCGAGGGUCAAGAAGUAUACGCUGUAAGAGUACAUUGUGGUAUGCAACUAGCAAUAGAACACCCAGUAGAAGCUGAUAUGGUGGGAUCUGUACCCGAAUCAGGGAAUGCAGCCGCGUUUGGAUAUGCUCAACAGUCUGGAAUACCUCUUGGGGAACUUCUUACAAAAAAUAGUUAUGUAGGGAGGACGUUUAUUCAACCAAAUAAUCGUUUACGGCAAAUGAAUGUUGCCUUAAAAUUCAGCCCGAUAUUACGUAACGUCAAAGGUAAAAAAAUAAUACUGAUAGACGAUUCGAUAGUCCGCGGUAAUACGGUAGGACCGAUAAUCAAGCUAUUACGUAGAGCGGGAGCUAAAGAGGUGCAUAUAAGGGUGGCAAGUCCGCCAUUAAAGUACCCAUGCUUUAUGGGAAUAAAUAUUCCUACGAAGGAUGAAUUGAUUAUGAACAAAUUGAAGAAUACUAAGGAGUUUGCAAAGCAAGUUGAUGCUGAUACUAUUGAGUAUUUAAGUGUUGACGGUUUAGUAAAAGCAGUCAGAAAAGAAAUUAAACCCACAACAAAAUCUGUUGGACACUGUACAGCUUGUCUAACAGGAGAAUACCCUGGUGGUCUACCUCAAGAGUUGGACUGGUAAACAACAAAAUAGUUGACAUAUUCGUUAUCAGCUUCAAUCAAUUUCAAUCUCUCGAAUUUUAUUACAAGAUAGUUUUAUCUUUUUUUGCAACUUGGUUAUCUCUUAUACAGGGUGAAAGUACUAGAUUUUUGACUUUAUUGAGCAAGUAACGAAAAUAAAAACGGACAGUGUCAAUUUAGGAGUUGGUUAGCUUACUAUUUAAUUUUACCAUCUAGGUUUAUUUUUAAAAUAUUGAUUUUUAUGUUUUCUAUUCGCUUAUCGAAAAAGGUGUUUUUUCAAAAAAUAAUGACAUUAAAAAAACUUGUGAUUAUUUUUUUUUGGUUACUUGUACAAUAAAGCCGUAAACCUUUUUUUGCGCUAAUUUUGUCUAGCCCUAUAUAAGAGAGGGAAGGCAUUUUAAUCAGUUAUUAGAAUUCAAAAAAAAAUUCUAAUUCUUCGGGUAAAAAUCAGUAUUUUUGAACAGUUUUUAAGUGCGUACUAUUUAUGAUACUCUUAUACAAUAUAUUUGUUAUUAAAUGUAUUAUUUAUAUGA